AUGAAGCUCUUUACGAUGAUAUCUGCCUCUCAAGCUGCUCUGACGUCAUACAAAGCCGCAGAUGGCGUUGUCCGAGACAUCACCGAGGGCUGCCCUCAAAUGUGGCCUCACAACAAGGAUUUGAACACAAACAUCCCUGCUUGGUACCGUCAGUGCCCUCCCCUUGACUUGUGCUACCCCAACGCAGCGUACAACCGAUUCGAUUCGCCAAAUGCUAGAUGCAAGGAUUCAAGCGGAAAUAAGGUCAACUUAGAGUCCUGCUGCUCGGAUGGCCACAAUAAGUUUUCGACUUGCUACAGCGCCUGUGCUGCUGGCUUUGCUUCGAAUCUUGAUGGAAAAGACAAAGUUGAGUACAUUUGCAGAUGCAAUCAAAACAAAGGCUGUUUCUGGCAACUCCAAGGAAAUGGACUCAAUGAUUUGACAUGCAAUGAGUGCAAUGGUGUCCGAAGAAUCGACUGGAAUACAUCCGGAAAGAAGCAGGCCGACUUUUUGGGCAUGAAGGUGCCCAAGGCGUGGAUGGAAAGAUCUUGUCCGCUGCUCCAGGCGGAAAACGUCAUGGUCUGGAACUACGAUCUCGAGGGAGUUUACUCGGAAGGAUUCGGCGCGAAUCAGUGGUAUACUUUUGCCAACACGAUUAUUGUUUUGAAGCCAAAUGCUGAUUCACCACAGGGGCCAUUUACAACUGGAGAAGUCACAAACAUCCUGAUUGGACUUGAAAACAUCAACGACUCUAUGUGGACUCAGGACAAUAUCGACAAUAAAAUCGUCGAAUAUUUUGUCGGUUACGUAUCUGGUUCUGCUUUCCAAGGCGUCCCUUAUGUUUUUGACUGCAUCAACUCGCACUUUGGUUCUGACCCGAGAAACAAUGAUCAAUCUCUUACUGAUUUUCUUCCAACUACUCUCUGA